AUGGCUGUCACACUCGAUACCCUGCAGACGGAGCAGAAGAAUACGAAAACGGUCAACAUUGACGCAGUCGAUUCCUUGCGGAUAUGUCAAAUCAUCAAUGAGGAGGAUGCCACAGUCGCCAAAGCUGUCCAAAAAUGUCUACCCCAAGUGGCAGCCGUCAUUGACGCCAUCGUGCCGCGUUUAUUGAUGGGCGGUCGUGUCGUGUACACUGGUGCUGGUACUAGCGGGAGGCUAGGUAUACUGGAUGCAUCUGAGAUACCACCGACAUUCUCUGCACCGCCUGAGCAAUUUGUAGGCCUGAUCGCUGGUGGAGACCACGCGAUACGGAACGCUGUUGAAGGUGCUGAGGAUUCCGAAGAGCUUGGCCAGACCGAUCUUGAAGGCCUAUCACCGCCUCUCAACAAGGACGACGUUUUGAUAGGGAUUGCUUCGUCUGGUCGAACGCCGUACGUGCUUGGUGGCCUCAAGCACGCUCAAGCCGUAGGAGCAGUCACCGUUGGUCUAGCCUGUGUUUCUCCAAGCGCUCUCGAGGAGUGCUGCGAUAUUGUUAUCGAGUGCGUGACCGGCCCUGAGGUCGUCACUGGAAGCACUCGGUUGAAAGCUGGGACGGCGACUAAAAUGAUCUUGAACAUGAUAUCGACUGGAUCGCAGAUCCUGAUUGGUAAAACAUUUGGGAACUUGAUGGUGGACUUGAAAAUGUCCAACGAGAAACUCCGAGACCGAGCACGCCGAGUGGUCCGCUCCAUUGUCCCGUCCACCGCUGCACUAGAUGUGAACAACGAGGAGGUGCUCGAUGACAUCCUAGCCAAAUGUGACGGCCAAGUCAAGCUCGGCAUCCUCAUUGCUACAUUAGGCUGUAGCCCAGAGGAAGGUAGAAAGAAGUUAGAGGCCUCGGCAGGAUCUCUGAAAAAAGCCAUGGAGGUCCGAUGA